AUGGAUGCUCUGUACAACACGCAUGUCAAGCUCCUAGCUUUCGACUUCCUGAAGCUCACCCCGCACCCCAUGGAUCCCUCAACCUUCUCUCGCAAAGGCACGCGCCUCUCACGUGCCGAGACUAUCGGGUUCGUGGUAACCCGGGAUCUCAAACCCAACAAAUUCCUAAGAUUCACCAUUGAUGAUGGUACAGGUUGCAUCCCUUGUAUCCUUUGGCUCAACCAGCUCAAUUCUCCUUACUUCUCAAGGCGUAACCCAUCAGAUGUUCGGUUAAUUGCCGAUUUGGCGGCGAAAUUCGCGUCAGAAAUCCAGCUUGGGGUUUUUGCAAGAGUGCGCGGAAGAAUCACAGGAUUCAGAGGUAUGGUUCAAAUUACGGUUUCUGAUGUGGUCAUAGAGAGGGAUCCUAAUUCCCAAGUUCUGCAUUGGUUGGAUUGUAUUAGAUUGGCUCGUAAAUGCUAUGAUAAACUUUGUAAGAAUACUGUUUGA